AUGCCUUCGUUAACCGUGCUUGUGCUUGGCGGCACCGGCCCUGCCGGUAUCAAUCUGCUACGGGAGCUACUUCAUCGCAAACACAAAGUGGUAGCAUAUGCAAGAAAUCCUCAAAAGGUUCCUGAAGAUUUGGCUUCCAAUCCAUCACUCGAGAUCGUCAAGGGAGAGCUGUCUGAUAAAGCAGCCCUCGACCGAGCCGUGGCCAAGGUCAACAUCGUCAUUUCGCUCCUUGGACCUCUAAUCACCGAUCGUACGACGCCCCCAAACUCUAUUCCCGACUUCUACAAGAACUCCCUGUUUCCCGCGAUGCGCCGACACGGCGUUAAGCGAAUCUUUGCAAUGGGAACGCUCACCAUCACCCAGAAGGAAGACUCAUGGACUAUGCUCCAGCCAACAAUAAAUCUCAUGGUCCGCACCGUAUUUUCGAACGCUUACCGUGGUAUCACCUCGAUUGGAAAAGCAUUUGAGCUCGACGCCACGGACCUCGAUUGGACCAUAUUCCGUAUCUCAGCCAUCCCUGGGGGCUCUGAUAAGGAAAGCUGGGCGAAGGACAGGGAAGACGGAAAGCCUUUUGUUGGAUACGUUGGGCAGAAGGGCUAUACGUAUUCUUUUCCACGAGGCGCGCUGGCAAGAUGGCUUGUUGAUGCUGCUGAAAGUGGGCUACAGGAUUGGGUGCGCAAGGCACCUGCGGUUUCCAGGCUGUCUGGCAGCUGA